AUGGCUGAAACCGAACGCCCGCAAUACUAUGAAAACACACUGACUCCGCUCCCAAUCAAUCCGGCGACCCUAAUUGAAACUCUCCGAGAGCUUCGAGAGGCUGUUUACAAUGGCGCAGAAAUAGUCCAUGCAAAUGAGCCCAUUCCGGACAAAUGGAGUUCUGGCGGGAUGUUUAAGCACUUUCCAGGCGUUGCCCUUGCUUUCUUGCGUCUCGACUACCAAUCCUCGAUCCUAGCCAAUCAAAAAGCUGCAUCUACGGAGUUCCGGCAGCAUGCCCUCAAGCGGAUUCCCUCAGGCUUACCUGAUAUGCCUUUACUCCCGUCGCGGCUAUCACCCGCGGGGUCCUUUUCGCCUAUAACUGCCGUGUCUCUGCACAUUCUCUCGGCUGUGGCAGAGACUAACUGGGGAGUUGAUUCUAAGCCCAGCCUCUCCCCAGAAAUAAUCACAUGCCUUCAGGAUGCUGUCAACCAGGCGCUGAAAAAUGGAUUUAUCGUACCUCAUGGCGAACAUAGGAUGGGCGGGGAUGAGAUGCUUUUCGGCCGUGCAGGGCUGUUGUGGCUUCUGUUGAAUGCUCGCGUCCAUCAAUUCAGUGAAGAGACCCAGACAGCACUCGCUCCAGUACUUAAUAUGAUCCCUGAAUUGAUCCGCGUUAUCAUCGAGGCCGGCCGCGAAGGUUCAAGGGACUUUAUGCAGAAGCAUGGAGAGAAGGACGCCCAUCCUUUGAUGUAUGUCUGGAUGGAAGGUCACUAUGCCUUUGGCGCCGCCCACGGAAUCACUGGUAUCCUCCCUAUUCUCCUCUCUUGCAAACCAGAGGAAAUAUCGGAUUUUAUGCCUGAGAUUGGAGAGACCAUAACUGCGCUCUGCAAGUUGUGUACCGCGAAUAAUGGUCAUCUCCCAAUGGCACUCCCCUCUCGUGGCUCCAAGAGGCCCUCCGAACUGGUCCAGUUCUGCCACGGCAGCCCAGGAAUUCUUCUACUCCUGGGGACAGCUUUGAGCAAUGACGAGCUGACUCGGGCAUACUGGCACCCCACAUGGGACCAGACUUUGUACCAGGCCACUUGUCGCACUUGGGAGGAAGGUAUACUUUCGAAGGGAGGCAGCCUAUGUCACGGAAUUUCCGGCAAUGCAUGGCCGUGGUUGCUACUUCAUGAUGCCUUCGAGUACCACUCAAAUAGCAUUGACGAUGCACGACGCGAGUACUUCCAACGUACUCAGGAGUCUGCGGAACCCGAUGGCAACUUCACCCAGAAGCUUACGCCGAACUUCUUUUUGUCCCGAGCACUCGCCUUUAUGCUACAUGCAUUUGAAACUCGGCCCUAUAAGACUUCACCUGGGACAUCUGAUCGCGAUUACCGUACUCCUGAUGAUCCAUAUUCGCUGUUCGAGGGGCUAGCGGGUAAUGUUUGUGCGUGGGCUGAAACUUGUGCGGUGAUUCAGGCGAGGUUACGCAAAACGAUGCUGAGUGAGGAGGGGGCUAGCGUGGACGGGGAUAGCAUGUUCCAGCAAGCGAUGCGCUGUCGAUUGGGCUUUCCGCUCAUUGGAGGGGAUGGGGCUCAGGGGAUGCUCUAG